UAAACUUGUAGAUAUUAAGUUACGAUAUCUGAAUAUUUUUAAUUUCAUUUAUGUUUAUUAUGUUAUUCUUGUUUAAUCGUAUUUGACGAAGACUUUACUUACAAAUAUAUUGUUAGUAGUUCAUGUUGACUUAGACCUUGCACUUAACCUGCCUUGAAGACCGGCAACGCAUCUGCGGUUCCUCUGGCGAUGCAGAUAUCUACGGAGAUGCUCGUUCGCUUCAUUCUCCUAGAAAAAAUUAAUGAUUAAUACUGUAACAAAAAAAACAAAACAUGUUUUAUUAUAGUUGAUAACACGAAACAUUUAAAUAUUAGUUAUGCCAAAAUAUCCGAUUUCACAUAAAACUUGCAUUAAUAUAUUAGUCGCAGUUCCCGCCGAUAUUUCCCUAUCAAUAACAAUGCGCAUGUCAAGCUAAAAUGUUACUUUCUCUUUCCCCCAAGUUUAUAAAAAAGGGGACAAAAGAUAACCUCAAAAGUACUUACGCACGCGCGGUUCGGGUGUAGAAAUUUAUAUUUUUACAUGUUCACCCUAUUCGUCAGUGAACUACGCAUUAUAAGUCGUAAUGCAGUGUAAAUAAUUAAAUAAAUAAUAACGUUAGUUACUACUAGUAUGUAAACUAAAAUAAGGUUCUAAAUUCAUUAAUUAUCUAUUAAAUAUCGUGUUUUACUUCUAUGUGUAGGAAAUAGUGUAAAAAUUGUUUUAAGUGGUUACUACUACUGCUGAAACGAUUUGUCAUCAAAAUAAGUUCAAUUCAAGACAGUGUACAUCAUUCAUAAUGUUGAAAUUGAGUGAAAUCGAUCAGUACUUAUGGAUGGUUGGGGGAUCUGCGGGCGCGUUGGCGCUCACGGGUGUCGCAGCGGCCUCCGCCUUCUAUCUCAGCACGAGGCCAAAACCCGAGAAGCCUCUCGUCACACUACACGAACAAAGUUUGUUAGAACCGGGUCCUGAAAUGGUGCGGGUCUCAAAAUUCUACAAAGAUGCAAAAAAUGGCCGGUUCCUUCGCUACCUUCAUGAUGAUACACGCACGCUUUUCGAAACAUUUCGACGCGGUGUCAAAGAAUCUAAUAAUGGCAACUGUCUCGGUUGGCGCGAGGGACCAAAUAAGCCGUAUGUAUGGCAAACAUACAAUGAGACCCUGCUGAGAGCGAAAAACUUCGGAUCUGGCCUUAUAUGUCAAGGUCUUAGUCCGGGUCAAAGUACCUUUGUGGGUAUUUACGCACAGAAUUGUCCGGAAUGGAUAAUGACGGAACAAGCUGCCUACUGCUAUUCAAUGGUUAUAGUGCCGUUGUAUGACACUUUAGGAGCCAACGCGUGUGCCUUCAUAAUAAAUCAAACUGAAAUGUCAAUAGUAGUGUGUGAAGAUGAUAAAAAAGCAAAUCUCCUGUUGGAUCAAUCGCCGAGAUGUCUGAGGAAGCUUGUCACAAUCAAAGAAGUGUCGCCGUCGACGCAUCAAAGGGCCAGGAGUCGUGGUGUUGAUAUCGUCAAGUUCAGUGAUGUGGAAAUUCAAGGAGCACAAAAAGACCAUCCAUUUGUCCCACCGAAACCGGAUAGUCUUUGCACGAUCUGCUAUACGUCGGGCACCACUGGUAUGCCGAAAGGCGUGAUGUUGACACACGAGAACCUGGUGGCGUCAAUGUGCAGCGUGAUAAUGCAGCUUGGAGAACAUCGGCCAUCUAAACAUGAUGUCAUGAUCUCUUUCCUACCACUUGCGCAUAUGCUGGAGCGAUGUUGUGAGAAUGCUCUAUAUAUGGUUGGAGGUGCUGUUGGUUUCUAUAGUGGAGACAUUCGAAGACUAGGCGACGACUUAGGCGCCUUGAAGCCAACUAUGAUGCCUGCUGUACCCAGAUUACUUAACAGACUUUAUGACAAAGCGCAGAGCGAGAUUUCAAAUUCCAAAAUCAAGAAGCUUCUAUUUAACAUGGCGUUAUCCGCUAAGGAAUCGGAACUUAAAAGGGGCAUCAUCCGCGCAGAUUCAAUCUGGGACAAGCUUGUGUUCCGGAAGGUGCGCGAAGGCAUGGGCGGAAGACUUCGCAUUAUGGUAGUAGGCUCUGCACCACUCGCUGGCAAUGUUCUUACAUUCGCACGAUGCGCUCUUGGCUGUCUGAUCGUGGAAGGGUACGGGCAGACAGAGUGCACGGCGCCAGUCACAUUGACCGUGCAGGGCGACCACGUGCCCGAGCACGUCGGCCCUCCCGUCGCUUGUUGCAAAGUCAAGCUAGUAGACGUGCCUGAGAUGGAGUACUACGCGGCGCAAGGACAAGGCGAGGUAUGCGUGCAGGGAGCCAACGUCUUUAAGGGUUACUUCAAGGAGCCAGAGAAAACAAGGCAGGUGAUCGACCGUGACGGCUGGCAUCACACCGGUGAUAUCGGCAAAUGGCUGCCUAAUGGAACUUUGAAGAUUAUCGAUAGAAGAAAACAUAUCUUCAAGCUGUCACAAGGCGAGUACAUUGUGCCAGAGAAGAUUGAAAACAUUUACAUAAGAAGUCAGUACGUCGAACAAGUUUUCGUGCACGGUGAAUCAUUGAAGUCGUGCAUCGUAGCAGUGGUUGUACCUGACGUCGACGUGGUGAAGUGUUGGGCUUUGGAAAAUGGUAUUCAGGGAACUUUCUCCGCUCUGUGCGAGAACGAGCGCGUUAAACAGAUGAUAUUGGACGAUAUGCUGCAGUGGGGCAGGAAUGCGGGACUUAAGACAUUUGAACAGGUCAAAGACAUAUAUUUGCAUCCGGAUCCGUUCUCCGUUCAGAACGGUCUCCUCACACCCACUAUGAAAGCGAAGAGACCUGAGAUCAGAAACUACUUCAAACCUCAAAUAGAAGACAUGUAUAAGCAACUCGAAUAGCGAUCAUUCGAGUAAUAAUUCGACAUUGAAUCGGAAAUCGAUUUCAUUGAUUCCUAAAAUAUUUUCUGUUAGAAAUAUAUUAUUAAGUUUUUACUUUAAGUGAUAUUACUAUGGUUUUAUUACGAAAUAAGGCCGCACACAGACGUGAAAUAAACAAUAUUUAAAUUUAAAUAUUAGUUAUCGUUAGUUUUUGAGACGAAAUCCCUGUAUAAGACAUAUCGUCAUACAAUAUAUAACAAAAUGACUUUUACAUGGAUUUUUGUCUCAGAAACCAACGCUUAAUGAUAUUAAGAAUUUAAACGUUAUUGAAUAUUUUCUCUGUCGUAUGGUUAUUAUGAAAGCUAAUACAUGUAAGUGGUUUUAAUUUUGUACUCUCUUCAAUAUUGUUUAUUCUUGAGUGAUUGUGAUUAACUAAAAGCGAGAUACUUAGGAUAAGUUUAGCCUAUAAAGGCAAUAAUUAAAGGAACAUCAGUUUCUUACUGUGGGUUUCCACUGUGGACUUGUAUUGUUGUCUCUGAAAUUCUCUAUAUGAAAAGAGAGAUGACGAUACGUUUAUACAAGUUACAGCAGUGGAGUUCCACGGUUAUGUUGUCAAUUAUUGAUGUGUUUGUAGUAGCAAUUUUAUUAUUAUUGUAAAUUGCACAGUGUUUUGUGUGUUUGUUUUUUUAUAUUUGUUAA